CGACUGCCGAUCAUAACCAGUUUUCACAUCGUAUUUGUCGGUUGUUUGAAACACGCUUCGGAGCUACAGUUUUAUCAGACACAUCGUAAAUAUGAGCAUCAAAGUAAAUAAAGUGUCUCAGCCAGAAUUGGCGAAACACGACUCUGCUGUCUUGGAUUUAGCCUUUGCAAUGGACUGCACGGGGAGUAUGGGAAGCUAUAUUGCUACAGCACAACAGAAUGUGAGAACAAUAGUAGAAGAGAUUGUAUGUAAAGAAAAAUCUGAUGUCCGGUUGGCAUUGGUGGAAUAUCGUGACCAUCCUCCACAAGAAAGUACAUUUGUAACAAGGGUACAUGACUUCACUUCAUCUGUCAGUAGAAUGAAAUCGUGGUUAGAUGCGGCAAGUGCUUCUGGCGGCGGCGAUACACCAGAAGCGGUGGCUGAUGCUUUACAUCAAAUAUUGAAACUAGAUUGGAGACAAGAUUCUACAAAAAUAUGCGUGUUCAUUGCAGACGCCCCACCUCAUGGACUUGGCUGUCUUGGAGAUGGCUUCCAAAAUGGUUGUCCUGAUGGUUUGGAUCCGAUACAGACAGGAAACCAACUUGCUGAGAAAUGUAUCACGAUGUACAUGGUUGGCUGUGAACCUAGCAUAUCACCAUAUAAGGAGUUCUUUAUGGCAAUAGCUCAUAUGACAGGUGGUCAGUAUGUACCUUUAAGAAAUGCUGCGUUAUUGUCUCAAGUUAUUAUUGGUGGAGCUCAGGAAGAAAUAUCUUUACAGCGACUCAUGGAGGAAGUCAAUCAAGAAGUCAUUCAAGAAUGUCAAUCUGCUGGUGGUGUCCUGGAUGAAGAUAUGUUGACGAGAAGAAUCAUGUCAAAACUCAACACAAAAGGUUGUAAAUCAAAGCGUUUGCAAAUGAACAAAUCAGAGUUGAACACGGCAUCACCAAUGGCGAUGAAAUUCUCAAGGUGUAGUUCAUUAGCAGAGGUCAAAAAGGAUUUUGCUGUUGACAAUUCAUCAGCACCAUUAUGCAGCAUGCUGCCAGCAAUAAGUUUGUGUUCACCUACUCCAAUGAUGGCUCCAAUGAUGGCUCCAAUGAUGGCUCAAAGGAUGUCUGCUGUAACAACUCCCGACAGCGAAACUUGUACUGAUGUUGAAUCGAACGAUUUCUGCAAUGAUGUGCCAUCCAAUGAUGAUAGGUAUGAGGUAGUAGAAGACCAAGACAUUAGCUAUGGACAGGCACAAAGAAUGGUACAGAAAUCACUUGCAGUCAAUAAAUUGAAAAGUAAUACAAAAUAAAUUACUACAGUUAACUCUUUAAAAUCUAUACUUUUGGGUGAUGAUCAACUUCUUAACUUAUAUGUUAACACCCAACCAUAUAUCAUUAAAUAAAAGUCACUUAUGAAUAGUUAUAGCCAAGCCCAUACACAAACUAUAAUCAAAUCAGGUGAAAAAUGAUAAAUUCAAUACAAACAAAUUUGUUUGACCACAUUUAAAAAAAAUCAAAUAAAGAAAAAUAUAUAAAAAAAAUUGCAUGCAAAGUUUGGUUCGAAAAAUUAUGGCAGAUGACAUUAAAGAUUAUGUUUAUGAACUAACUGGAAGAGAGUGGAGGGGUCCUUGUAUAUGGGAGGAUUUUCUCUUCAGCAAAUCCUGAUUUGCACAGUUACUUCAGUUUGGGUUAUGUAAUAGCAUAAUUUGUGAUUUUCUCUGUAAAGAGA